AUGAGCGAUGGCAACAUCAAGAAGAGAACAAUGAAAAUUGUUGAAAAACGUCACAUGACCCACAACACCUUUUUUAUGAAGGUAGAGUCGGAUGAGGAUCUACCCCAGGCAAAGGUGAGCUUUCAUGUUCUUGUUUUCGACGACAGGGGGCAAAGAAAGCCAUACUCGCCAUUGUACGUAUCAAAGAGACACAUAGCAUUCGCAAUAAAAGUGUAUCCUGAGGGAACACUAUCCACAUACCUGUGCAAUAAGAGCGUGAAUGACACUAUUACUGUCUCUGAAGCAGUUCAGGUGCGGGAGAACAGACUGAAUGAAUUUAGAAAUGUCCUUAUGAUUGCCGGCGGUACGGGAGUAACACCAAUGUUUCAGCUACUGAGGGAGCACAUCCUAUCAGGAAUAAAUGCGACUGAUUUCACACUUCUCUUUUUGAACAGGACAGAUAAGGACGUGUUUUUGCAGAGCGAGCUCGAGACUUUAAAGAAAAAAUCCAACGGCAAGCUUCAGAUAAUUCAUAUUUUCAGCCAAGGUACUGAAUUCCCAGACAGCCAGCACAUUAGCGGGACUCUCACAAAGGACAUGCUUCUAACAGUGAUAAGAAGCAAAAUGUUUGAGUUUGUGUACAUCUGCGGACCUCCUUCACUAUACGAUUCAUUUUCGGGCAGAAAAAAAUCGAAGACAGAGCAGGGAGAGCUGACGGGCGUUCUGAAGGAAGUUGGAUAUACCGAGAGGAAUGUUUAUAAAUUUUAA